AUGAGAUUGCUAUUUAGUUUUCUAUGUGUGCUGCUUGCGGCAGGUCAGGCGGCAAGAUGCAGAGACAUGGCUUACAAUGAGAUGCUGGCGUGCCUGAGCAAGGCUGUGGGCCGCGUGUGUGGGGAAGACGUGUAUGUGAGCCCGGAGUGGGUGGGGCACCCGGUGUGUGUGUCCAGGCUUGUCUGGCUGAAAUACGUGUAUAACAUGCGGGCGUACUCGUGCGGGCUGGACACGAGCUCCAGCCUGGUGCCGAGCGGGCGAGUGGUCAAAUACAGAAGAGGAGAGAUGUACACGUACACGCGAGAGCCGGAGAAGGACAGGGCACACCAACCCGAGGACAUUGCCAGCGCUGUAGCACUUGCAGGAGACGGAGAAUACAGCGUGGCGUUCCACCGCGCGCUGGUGCAUAUGUUCGGGCUGCAGAGAGUUGGCGGGCCAAUAUACGAUCGCCUGGCGGUUGAAACUGGGCGCCCAUGCUCUUUCACGCAGUUUCUCCGGGAGAGAUGCAGAACGCAAAAAGAGGCACACUACGUGCUGGCUGCGCUGGUCCUGCUGAGCGAGGGCGUGGACGUGCCGAUUGAGACAGCUGGGAACAAAGUAAUUGUAAAAAAAAGAAAAGACAGCAAUGACGUGCUGGUGAACGCGUGCGUGCCAGCUGUGGACAGUGGAGAAAGACAGCCAUCCGAGACGUGGCAGGUGGUGAACUUCUUCAAGCGGUACAGAGGCACAUACAUACUGCCAGGCACAUACGGAGAGUUUAAAACGGGAGACUUUCUGGAGAGCCCGCAGCUUCUGAUUCUCACGUACAUCGGCGAGUACGUGGAAAACGCCGAGGAGCUCAUUUCUGUGAUGGAGUGCAUAUUUAACCUUCUGGAGGGCAUGGGACUGGCAGAAAGCGUGGGAGACGCGGGCAGCGUGGUCGGGCGGAUGUUUGUGCGUGCGAGCCGGCUGCCCGAGGCCCAGGCGCAUCUCGCGCCGUUUCUAGAGACAUUUCCUGCUCUUGUCUCCAUGGAGCACUUGGAUGAGUUUGAAUGUUUUCAAAGAAAAGCCAGAUAUGAGACCAAAUUUGUCAGAGCCUCAUACGAGGAGAAGGAGAGCUUUGGCAAUUAUGAUAUGAACUGCGGGUUUCUUGGAGCGUGUCUGCUAUUGCCGUGCCUGGCAUACGACCCGGAGAAGAACGCGUACAGCCUGGAGGGCCUGCUGGCCGGGGCCGAAAACACGGAGGAGGUGGCCAAAACCAGGGCGUUUUUUGAGGCGGUGCAGGAGAGCAUAGAAGAGGGUUUUUCUUUGGGCCGGCUGAAGAAGGGACAUGCGCAAAAACGAAGAGACCUGUGGCUCAUGGUGCAUAGGCAGUUCAUGGAGGCGCUGGGGAGUUUGGAGCCGACGGUUCUAAACCAGAUGCGCGUGCUUGCGCAGAUGACCGGGCGGCCGCAGGCCGUGGUGGACGAGCUGGCAGCGCACCAGGCAGCCAUGGAUGCGAAAAGAAGCACAGAGUUGAAGCCUAAGGCGAUUGAGUGCGUUCGGGCGCUGCUGCACUCAAUAGCGGUAAACAAAGGUGUGAAGGUGUGGGUUAGAGAGGACUUCGGUUUCUUUAGAGAGGAACAAUACAGGAUUACAAUAACUCAUGUGCCCGAAUACACCGACAGAUGCGAAAUGACGGUGGUGUUCACACAAGAAAAGACUUGGAUGACAGAUUUAAAACUGCCAUACCGAACUCUUUCUACCAGAGAGGAGAAUAUGUUGGUCGAGGCGGUCGUGCAGUACAGGAAGGAAGCGCGAGUUUCGGGCUUUGUGCUUGCGGAGUGCAUGCACCGAAUGGCGGCCUCCAAGAACACUUUUAACCUUGCAGACACAACAGUUGAAGAUGUGCAUGAAGCUGCGCGGUGGGCAGUUGAGUGCAGCCCGGCCAGGCCGACCGGCGUGCUGAUGGUGCUGCCAGCUAUGAGCAAUUGCUUCAGGGAGGUCCUUGUCUCUGCGCUGGUGCUGUAUGCCGAGCAGAAGAAGAUUGUGCUGACGCUGGCACAUCCGGUGGGCCGACUGAUUGCGAACGUGAUAGGGGGCAUUGACCUUAGCGACCCGAUAGACCGACGUUAUAUCCUGAAAGUGCCUGUAGUCGCCAGCACUCUGCAGGUGCUGUGCCCAGCGCUGCAGAUGCCCGAAAAGUCGCGAUGGGAGCUUUGGAACUCAUACAUGGUUGAUAUUCAUUUCGUGCCGUAUCCCGUCGAAAAUGCCGAUUUGCUUACACGGGAAAACCUUAUGUGGUGUCUUCGAGCGUACGCAGAGAAACAAAACGAGCCGCUGUUCAGGUGUAAGCUGCUGCAUAAACAUGCGAAUAUAGCAAAGCAUAGCAAGUAUCUGUUUGCGGUGGAUCCGGUGGCAUCCCUAGAAGAGGUAUGUGCGCUUGUUCUAGCGGAUAACGCGGGAGAGGAUCUGGUGACGGCCAAGGCCCUGGCCAAUGCGCUGCAGCUGUCCUGGCUGGCGCUUCUUUUGGGGAGGGGCCUGCAGAGGCAGAAGGGUGCAAUUGUCGAGAUUUACAAGACUGUUAAGCCAGGGCAUCUUGAAAAAGAGCUUGAACAGCUUUGCGAUUUUUGGCUUGGCGUAAAUCUAGAAUAUAUACUAGGCAGCCUGGAUAGAGCAAGGGAUGUUCUUGUGAGGGAAGGCGGUUACGCAAAGUUUGAAGCGCUGUAUGAACUCUACCGGCAAGUAUGCAUUAGAUCCCGGGGUUGA